AUGGCUGAUGCGACGGCGAGCACCGGGGCGACCUGUGUGGAGAAGUUUAAAAGUUAUGUGAAGACGCAGAAAGGAUUCAUCCUCGCUGGAGAAAUACUGCUCAGCUUCAUCAUCAUCAUCUGCUAUGCGGCGUCUGUGUACACAGGGUACUCCGCUCUGGCCAUCUGCGAGAUGAUCUUCGCCAUGGUGUUCUUUGGCAUCUUCAUGAUGGAGCUGGACAAGCAGUUCCAGCUCGUCAACUGGAUGUGGAGUGACCUGUUCCGUGCAGGCAUCGGUGCAGUCCUCUACAUCAUCACGUCUCUGGUGUGUGUGAUCGGAGGAGCAGGGGACGGAGCCCGGAUCGCUGGAGGGGUCUUCGGUCUUAUUGCUGGCCUCCUGUUUGGAUAUGACACCUACACGAUUUAUCUACAAAUCAAGAGCACUAGGCAGCACACAGCGGCCUCUACUGAUGAUGGAGUCUAA